AUGGACAACUACCGGGGCGGUGGGCCGGGAGCCCAGGUAACAAGAACGGCCCGUGUCUGGGUGUGGCUCCCUUCCAAUCGCAUCCGCGCGCUGCUCACCUUGUUCGUCCUCACCUCACCUCACCUUUCCUCGCUCAUGCCGCCCCCCGCUCCCCUCGCGCCGCUCCGCUCCCGCGCGCACCUCCGCCUCCAUUGCCGCCUCCCUCCCUCGCCCUCGCCCUCGCCAUCGCCUCUCCUCUCGCGAGCUCCCUCUCGCAGAUGGCCUCCGCCUCUCCGCGCCUCCGCCUCCGGUCGCGGGGGCGCUUCCGCCGCCGCCGCGCCGACGAGCUCGGCGCUCGACGCGCUCCUCUCCGCCGCGGAGCUGCUCUGCCUCGCGCCGCCCGCCAUCUGCUCGGUGGUAUGCGCGGCCCGCCUCGUCUUCCCGCCGCCGACGACGACGGGCGCCCCCGCGUCGGGGCUCGUGGGCGGGAGGAUGUUCGUCGUGCAGUACGUGCUUCUGGUGGGCGCGGUGGCGAUCGGGAGCCUGAUCCGGCGGAGGCAGUGGGGGCGGCUUUGCCAGGUGGGUGGCGGCGGCGGCGGUGGCGCCGCGGCUAGGGGUGUGGAUUUCGCGGGGAGGAUUGGCGAGGUGGAGGAGAGCGUGAGGGGCGUGGUGGCGGCCGUCGGUGUGCUGUCGAGGACCGUCGAGAAGCUCGGCGUCAGGUUUAGGGUGUUGCGGAGGACGCUGAGGGAUCCUAUCAAUGAGACUGCAACUUUAGCCCAAAAGAAUUCUGAGGCUACUCGAGUACUAGCUGCCCAAGAAGACCUUCUUGAAAAAGAACUUGGUGAAAUUCAAAAGGUUUUAUAUGCAAUGCAGGAACAACAACAGAAGCAACUUGAACUAAUCCUUGCAAUCGGGGAGGCAAGCAGGAUAUUAGAUGAUAAAGAGGAUUUGCCAGGCAACGAUACUUCCAGCACGAUUAUGGAGAAAGAGAAUGAACAGACAGAUAUAAAAGUCGAAACAAUUACAGGAGGCAAUAACAGACCCUGAUUUCAUGAACUAAAAACAGAAAGUAGGAACUUCAAAAUCCUCUCCAACAAACCAGGAGGUAUCUUUUGGUUUUGUUCCAUCCAAUAUUGGGUGGGAAUGAAUGGUUGAAGUGCCAAUGCGCCAUCAUGAUGAAUAUAUUCGUGGCUUCAAAUGGGAUCGUUGGUAACAUUUCAAUGUGCUGUUCAUAAACACUGGCCAGAGCAACUGCGUCCUAACACUGUAACACAUGACUUGUACAGGGCAAGCUGGUGGGUUCCAUAAGAUUUCUGUAUGGUACCUGCCUGGUAAAGAACGAAUUUCUCAUUGGCUUGUAACUUCGUAAGCUGUAAUUACAUUGACCUUUUAAAUGUGUUCGACAUGUACAUGCCGGUCAAGCAAAUGUCUAGAUGAAUGUCUGGUGGAAAUCUAUCCGUAUAUCUAGGAGCCUGGUGUAUGCUAUAAUUUAUGGUGUCCGCUGGUCGACAUGUUCCUGUAAUUCUGUAGAAGAGUAAAGUGCGACAUGGGUGGUUGUCCUCUUGCUUCCUAGCUUCA